UAUUGGCCAUACUUCACAAACCUCAGAGGUGCCUUAUUGCUAUUAUAAACUGGUUACCAACUUAAUUGGAGCAGUUCAAAUAAAUGUUUUGUCAUACCCGUGGUAUACGGUCUGCUAUACCAUGGCUUUCAACCAAUCAGCAUUCAGGGCUCGAACCACCCAGUUCACAAAUAGUAAUACACACUAUGUAGCAGAAAGCUUUAUCCAAAGUGUCCUACAGGGAAUCGAACCCAUAACAUUUACUGUUGUACGGGCCGCAUAGGACCACCACAUUACCUUGUGGAAUAUUAAACUAAUGAUGUCAGGGCAUAUACAUUAAAAAACAGUUUUACCCAUGUAGAUAAUAGAUGUAUUUCCGUUUAGUGAAUUGUUGCUGGCUGGCCCCCGAGUCAAUAUGAAUUCUGCUGUUCUACCAAUCAGCAAAACGCCCCAACGAGCCCGCAAACUGUAGUAUCACGUAACCAGGUCCAUUUAGCUGCUCUGUCAUACAGAGAGCCAGUGUCUUCAGACUCCGUGGUAUGAACCAGUGGUGGUGGUGAGUCUCGUCUAAGGGAGAGGGAAAACCUGGCAAACAUCUGGUAACGACAUGGAUCAUGUAGGCUAGAUGAGUUUUGCGCACUCGGAAACGAAUUGGUCUCUAAUUCAAACCCCCCCAAAAACCCACAGAAGUGACAUUUGGACUUCUACAUUGCCGUGGGUGUGAUAGUCUAAGAACCAAUGAAUGCCACGGCUUGGAUAAUGGAGGUUUGGAUGAGUUCAAACCACGACGGGUCUCGCCGCGGCUACUGGUAACGGUUCAGGCUUCAUGUUUGGUGUUCACCUAAUGCGCGGUGCUAUAACAUCUUCCGACUCCAACAGAAACAGAAAGAUUUCCGACUGAUGUGAAACAUUUCAACUGAUCUACGAUCUCAGGAGCUGUUAGGUUAAUAUCAGAGAGCUGCUGAUGAAAUAUAGCCAUAGAUACGUGGUUUUAUAACGGAUUUUGUUUUUUUAACGCUGGAAAACCCGUUAAACACCUGUUUAGACUCGAGACGCGUGAUCCCAUGUUGGAGAGAUCACAAGAAAUGUUUGGGUUGCAGAGAAGAGGGGAAUUUGACAUCCUCUCUGUGUCACUCAUAGUGGCGUUGAUGUGCUGUGCGCAGAGCGCCAACGAACCGGGGAAUAUGUCGUUCGUAAAGGAGACGGUGGACAAACUGUUGAAGGGGUAUGAUAUCCGCCUUCGACCAGACUUUGGAGGCAAACCGGUUUCUGUUGGCAUGAGUUUAGAUGUGGCAAACAUCGACAUGGUGUCAGAGGUCAACAUGGACUACACGUUGACCAUGUACUUCCAGCAGUACUGGAGGGACAAGAGGCUGGCGUACGCUGGGAUCCCCCUCAACCUGACGCUGGAUAACCGGGUCGCCGACCAGCUCUGGGUCCCCGACACCUACUUCCUCAAUGAUAAGAAGUCCUUUGUGCAUGGGGUCACCGUGAAGAACCGUAUGAUCCGACUGCAUCCGGACGGCACCGUGCUCUACGGACUGAGGAUAACAACGACGGCUGCCUGUAUGAUGGACCUGAGGAGAUACCCACUGGACGAACAGAACUGUACUCUGGAGAUAGAGAGCUAUGGCUACACCACAGAUGACAUCGAGUUCUACUGGAAAGGGGGGGAGAAUGCUGUGACAGGAGUGACUCGCAUCGAGCUGCCUCAGUUCUCCAUCGUGGACUACAAACUGGUUUCCAGGAAUGUGGUCUUUUCCACAGGUGCCUACCCACGUCUGUCUCUGAGCUUCAAGCUAAAGAGGAACAUCGGCUACUUCAUCCUGCAGACGUACAUGCCCUCCAUCCUGAUCACCAUCCUGUCCUGGGUCUCCUUCUGGAUCAACUACGACGCCUCCGCUGCCAGAGUGGCUUUAGGUAUCACCACGGUGUUGACCUUGACCACCAUCAACACCCAUCUGAGAGAGACGCUCCCUAAGAUCCCCUACGUCAAGGCCAUAGACAUGUACCUGAUGGGCUGCUUCGUGUUCGUCUUCCUGGCUCUGCUGGAGUACGCCUUCGUCAACUAUGUCUUCUUCGGACGGGGCCAUCGGAUGCAGAAGAAGUUGGCAGAGAAGGUCAACAAUGACAGGGCGGCCAAGUUCGACAGCAACAGGGUUGACUCUCAGGGCAACAUCCUCCUGACAACCCUGGAGAUCCACAACGAAGUUGGCGCCGGCAAUGAGAUCACAACCAGCAUCACCGAGACAACCACACGGAACUCCACCUCCAUGAUAUUCAACCAAUCAGGCCUCCAGUACCGAAAACCGAGUGCUCUGAGUGGCCGGGAGAGAAACGCCCAUGCUCACGUGAAGAAGACACGGCUACGCAGGCGGUCCUCUCAAUUCCUAAUCAAAAUCCCCAACCUGACGGACGUGAACUCCAUCGAUAGAUGGUCACGGGUUGUCUUCCCCUUCACCUUUACCCUCUUCAACUUCAUCUACUGGCUUUACUACGUCAACUAGUGGUUCUCAAGCCUCUCCUCAGGGACCCCCAGCCGUUACAUUUUAGAACCACUUUCACUCCUUAAACUUCUCUUGUUUCUCUAAAGAGUAAAGAAACCCAUCUGUAUUCGGAGGACAUAUGACUACGCAGUCCAUACUGAGUGCAGAGAGACACUAGAACAACACUGAGUUGUGGGGGUCUCUUGAACUGUACGUUCAGACGAGCAGAGACGGACGCUUUGUGGAAAUACUGUCCUUCUGAACACUCCUCUGUACAAACAAGAGGGGGACACAGUAAAUGGGAUGGGGUUUUCAGAAGUGUUAUUUACUUUGAUUUAUGCCAAUUAUUGUGACUCUACCCCUUAUUUAAGUGUGAGAAAUUCAUUGAGCUAAAACUCAUUAUAAACUGAAUGAUAAAUUAAUUUAGUGUACUAUUUAUCAUAGUAGCCCGUUAUAAAUUAAUGAUAAAUGAAUUUAGUGUACUAUUUAUCAUAGUAGCCCGUUAUAAACUGAAUGAUAAAUUAAUAAUGGUUUAUCUGUUGGGAUAUUACCAUUCCAGUCAUGUCUAUGUUUUAUGGACUGUCAGAACAGGAUCAUAUGUACUGUACAGGGUUGCAUAUGAGCUGAAUAUUAUAAUCAUAUAACAGUCAUGAAUAAUCAUGACUAGUCAUGUACUGAAUCACUUUUGGAUACUAAUUCCAUUGGCUUGGGUCUGACUAUUCUGCAAACGAUUUACUUUAAAAAAAUAUAUAUAAGUGCUGAAGUAACCUCUAUGUAAUCUUGAUCUAUAUUUCACUGUACAUUGGAGGCACGUAACCCACACCUCAGUAUUACUGUAGUUCAUAGGUCACGCCUAACAUCCACACUGCCAAGAUAAGCAUGUCAUGGAACCCGAAUCAUCCAUUUUUAUUCAUUCAACGAGACUUACUUUUAUUCAUUUUACAAUAAUCAAUCUAAGUCAUUUACCUUCCCUGAGUGAAAUGAUGUUUUCUGAUCACAAGAAAACGUGUGUUCCCAUCUGCUGUCAUGCAAUGCUCAAUCAAGGCUUUGAAGUGGACCUUACAUGUGUUGGCAACACAGUAGGCUCUGACCUUCGUCCGACCUAAACUGUACCCAUAUCUUUAUGAAUAGCCUAAUGAAUUUUGAAUGAUGUUAUUUUUUACAAUGUACAUACACACCGUAGCCAUAGAAACCACAACUCAGGUUCUGAAUGGAGAAGUUCCUUAUCACAGUACACAUGAUCUAUUGUCUGAUUGUGUUAUCACACAGUAUUCCUAUACAUUUCCCUAUGAUUGGUUUGUAAAUGUAGCCAUACUAUAUACUACACAUGACUACUACAUUAUGUUUCUCAGUGAAGUAUCCUGUCUUUUAAGACCUCAGAGAACUGACACUAGGGGUUCUGCUCAUACACACGACAACAUCCCUCUGGUCCAAGACAGACAUUACACCUUAGAGGCUCUGUAUAGGGAAUAGGGUGCUGUUUGAGAUGCAGACAGACUUUACACUAGACCACCCUACAGAGUCUAGACCCCCCUACAGAGAGUCUAGACCCCCCUAGAGAGUCUAGACCCCCUAGAGAGACUAGACCCCUAGAGAGACUAGACCCCCCUACAGAGAGACUAGACCCCCCUACAGAGAGUCUAGACCCCCCUACAGAGAGUCUAGACCCCCCUACAGAGAGUCUAGACCCCCCUACAGAGAGUGUAGACCCCCCUACAGAGAGUGUAGACCCCCCUACAGAGAGUUUAUACCCCCUACAGAGAGUGUAGACCCCCUACAGAGAGUUUAUACCCCCUACAGAGAGUGUAGACCCCCCUACAGAGAGUGUAGACCCCCCUACAGAGAGUCUAGAGCCCCCUACAGAGAGUCUAGAGCCCCCUACAGUCUAGACCCCCCUACAGAGAGUCUAUACCCCCCUACAGAGAGUCUAGACCCCCUACAGACAGUCUCAUUUUGAGUGUGAUUACAUAUUUAGGCUAGUUGAGCUGGGAGCAUUGAGCAUGAUUACAGAGAGAGUAAGCAUGCCAUAGAACCCUAAUCAUCCAUUUUUAUCCAUAACAGAGACUUACCUUCAUUCAUUUCACAUAAUCUUAAUCAUUUACCUUCCCUGAGUGAGUAGGACAUGAAAACACUUUUAAAUUAUACUUACAUUAUGAAACAUGUAUACAAAUUGUUAUUUUGU